GGGCCUGGCGGGGCGCAGGGGUGCAGGGCCGAGGGCAGAGAGGGGGCCGAGGCCGCCGGCGGGAGGGACUGGGCCCCAGUGGGAGCGGAGCCGGAGCGGAAGCCGCAGUCGGGGCGGCGGGAGCGGCGGGAGCAGGGCGGGCGGGGCUCCAUGGCGCCAAAGGCGUCCGCCUGAGCAGCGCGGGCAGCAGUGGCGGCGGCGGCCGGAUCGGGCCACGACUCCUCCCGGCCAUGGGCGACGUGCUGUCCACGCACCUGGACGACGCCCGGCGCCAGCACAUCGCAGAAAAAACCGGGAAGAUUCUGACGGAGUUCCUCCAGUUCUAUGAAGACCAGUAUGGCGUGGCUCUCUUCAAUAGCAUGCGCCACGAGAUCGAGGGCACGGGGCUGCCGCAGGCCCAGCUGCUCUGGCGCAAGGUGCCACUGGACGAGCGCAUCAUUUUCUCGGGGAACCUCUUCCAGUACCAGGAGGACAGCAAGAAGUGGAGGAACCGCUUCAGCCUCGUGCCCCACAACUACGGGCUGGUGCUCUACGACAACAAAGUGGCCUAUGAGCGGCAGGUCCCACCACGAGCUGUCAUCAACAGUGCAGGCUACAAAAUCCUCACUUCCGUGGACCAAUACCUGGAGCUUGUUGGCAACUCCUUACCAGGGACCACAGCGAAGUCGGGCAGCGCACCCAUCCUCAAGUGCCCCACACAGUUCCCGCUCAUCCUCUGGCAUCCUUACGCGCGUCACUACUAUUUCUGCAUGAUGACAGAAGCCGAGCAGGACAAGUGGCAGGCUGUGCUGCAGGACUGCAUCCGGCACUGCAACAAUGGAAUCCCCGAGGACUCCAAGGUGGAGGGCCCCGCAUUCACAGAUGCCAUCCGCAUGUACCGCCAGUCCAAGGAGCUGUAUGGCACCUGGGAGAUGCUGUGUGGGAAUGAGGUGCAGAUCCUGAGCAACCUGGUGAUGGAGGAGCUGGGCCCCGAGCUGAAGGCAGAGCUCGCCCCGCGGCUGAAGGGGAAACCACAGGAGCGGCAGCGGCAGUGGAUCCAGAUCUCGGACGCCGUGUACCGCAUGGUAUACGAACAGGCUAAGGCACGCUUUGAGGAGGUGCUAGCCAAGGUGCAGCAGGCACGGCCGGCCAUGAAGGCCGUCAUCCGCACAGACAUGGACCAAAUCAUCACCUCCAAGGAGCACCUUGCCAGCAAGAUCCGAGCCUUCAUCCUCCCCAAGGCAGAGGUGUGCGUCCGGAACCACGUCCAGCCCUACAUCACGUCCAUCUUGGAGGCCCUGAUGGUGCCCACCAGCCAGGGCUUCACUGAAGUGCGGGACGUCUUCUUCAAGGAGGUCACGGACAUGAACCUGAACGUCAUCAAUGAGGGUGGCAUUGACAAGCUGGGAGAGUACAUGGAGAAGCUGUCCCGGCUGGCGUUCCACCCCCUGAAGAUGCACAGCUGCUACGAGAAGAUGGAGUCACUGCGUCUGGACGGGCUGCAGCAGCGGUUCGAUGUGUCCAGCACGUCGGUGUUCAAGCAGCGAGCCCAGAUCCACAUGCGGGAGCAAAUGGACAAUGCUGUGUAUACCUUCGAGACCCUCCUGCACCAGGAGCUGGGGAAGGGGCCCACCAAGGAGGAGCUGUGCAAGUCCAUCCAGCGGGUCCUGGAGCGGGUGCUGAAGAAAUAUGACUAUGACAGCAGCUCCGUGCGGAAGAAGUUCUUCCGGGAGGCGCUGCUGCAGAUCAGCAUCCCGUUCCUGCUCAAGAAGCUGGCCCCCACCUGCAAGUCGGAGCUGCCCCGGUUCCAGGAGCUGAUCUUCGAGGACUUUGCCAGGUUCAUCCUGGUGGAGAACACGUACGAGGAGGUGGUGCUGCAGACUGUCAUGAAGGACAUCCUGCAGGCUGUGAAGGAGGCCGCAGUGCAGAGGAAGCACAACCUGUACCGGGACAGCAUGGUCAUGCACAACAGCGACCCCAACCUGCACCUGCUGGCCGAGGGCGCCCCCAUCGACUGGAGUGAGGAGUACAGCAACAGUAGUGGGGGCGGCAGCCCCAGCCCGAGCUCCCCGGAGGCAGCCACCCUCUCGGAAAAACGACGGCGCGCCAAGCAGGUGGUCUCCGUGGUCCAGGAUGAGGAGGCAGGGAUGCCCUUCGAGGCUGGCCCUGAGUCACCAUCACCCACGUCCCCGGACAGUGUCACCGAGAUCCGAGGCCUGCUGGCCCAAGGUCUGCGGGCUGAGAGUCCCCCGCCGGCCAGCCCCCUGCCCAACGGGGCCCCCGCCAGGGAGAGUCCCCAGCCCGAGGCUGCUCCCGAGGCCUCCUCGCCACCUGACUCACCCCUCCAGCAUCUCUUGCCUGGAAAGGCUGUGGACUUUGGGCCCCCCAAGCCCAGUGACCAGGAGACCGGAGAGCAGGUAUCCAGCCCCGGCAGCCACCCUGCCCUCCACACCACCACCGAGGACAGUGCAGGGGUGCAGACUGAGUUCUAGGCCCGUGGGUCCCAGGCUGCUGCACACCGCACCGGCCACUCCCUUCGGGGCCCAGGCAGGUCUGGCUCUGGGGAGGGCACCCUGGUCUGUGCCUUGUGGGUAGAGGUAGGACAGGGCAGUGUGGCACCGCCAGGGGUCGGGAGGAGCGGGCCUGCCUGAGUCACUUUAUUGGGUUCAGCCAACACUUUAUUGCUCCCUGUUUCCUCUUCUAUGGGAUGAUCUCAAACGCAGGGGCUGGUUUUGGGGUUUUCCUGCUUGUGCCGAGGGCUGGACACUGCUAGGAGGCUGGAAAGCCCCUCCUUUCCUGUCUCGUGGCCUCUGUCCCCUUGUGGGUGCUGCAAAGCCCCUC